AUGAUGUUUUCAGUGCUGUUGACGCACACACUGCUUGGCAAUUGAUGAAUGAAUGUCUAUUAGGUCCUAUAAUGAAAGGACGUACUCGAAUUCUUGUAACGCAUCAUAUCAGACUCUCUGUUACUGGUGCUGCUUAUUUGGUUGUUGUUAAUAAUGGAAAAAUCGUUACAUCUGGGUCGAUUUCAGAAUUACGCAAUUCAGGAACAUUGGCCUCGAUCCUUGAUGAGAAUGAUAAUCGAUCAGAAUUCGUGAAUUCCGUUGAACUAGCCGCUGAAAAUGCUAUUAAAGUAAGUAAUAUCUCCGAGCAGUCAUCCACUCCUGGUCACAACGCCAAUUCAUCAAAUGUUUCCGAUGCAACUCUUGUCGAGAAUGUCGAAAAUGUCGAAAAUGUUGAUCAGGCGGAUGAUUCACAACCAAUAAAAAAAGUCUCUAAACCAAAAGUUCUUGUUGAAGAAGAAG